CAUCCCCAAUUUGAGCAAUUAGGGUUUCGAUGCGCUUCGAUUUGAUGUUGGAACAGUUGUUGAUCUUCACGCGCGGUGGAUUGAUCCUGUGGACGUGCAAGGAGUUGGGGAACGCGCUUAAAGGGUCGCCGAUCGAUGCCCUAAUCCGAUCCUGCCUUCUCGAGGAGCGAUCCGCCGAUGCGUCCUUCGACUACGAAUCCUACACGCUGAAGUGGUCCUUCCACAACGAGCUUGGUCUUGUCUUCGUUGCGGUGUAUCAGCGGGUUCUUCGACUGCUCUACGUCGACGAGCUUCUUCUCUCUGUUCGCCGGGAGUUUUCGCAGAUAUAUGAUCCGAAGCGCACUUGUUAUGAUGACUUUGAUGAUAGUUUUCGUCAGCUUUGCCGUGAGGCGGAGGCCCGUGCUGAGGAGAUGAAAAAAAGCAAGCAAUUUGUGAGAAAUCAACCCGCUAAUUCAAAAAAACAGGUCGUGGCUCAAGGGAAUGGGAAGCAGAAAGGUGGGAGCAAUCGUAAUGGUAAUUCUGGGAAGGAUGAUUGUGAUGACGAUGGUGAUGGUGAUGAUGAGUUGAAGAAAAAUCGUGGAUUAGCUAAUGCUAUCGCGAAUGGACACGGGAAUGGUAUUAAGGAUUCCACUGUCCCUAAUAUUGUUGUUUCCAAAGGAAAGGAGAAUGGUCACCCGGAUUCGGGAGCAUUCAAUGUAACUAAGUUACAGAAGCUGCGCCAGAAGGGAGGGAAGAAGGUUGAGAAUGGUGCCCCUGGCGGGAAAGUUUCCAAGAAGGCGGAGUCAAAGAAAAUUGUUAAGAAAAAUAGGGUGUGGGAUGAUUCGCCUUCAGAGUCAAAGCUGGAUUUCACCGAUCCAGGUGAUGAGAGAGGGGAUGAGGUUGCGCAGGUUGCGGCAGUGGAGCAGGGUCAGAGUAUGAUGGACAAGGAGGAGGUUUUGAGUAGUGAGAGUGAAGAGGAGGAUGAGGAGGUGGAGGAUGUGAAAACUGGUCCCAAGAAGAAGGGCUGGUUCUCCUCUGUAUUCCAGAGUAUUGCUGGAAAUGCGGUUCUGCAAAAGUCAGACUUGAAACCAGCAUUGAAGGCUCUCAAGGACAAAUUGAUGACUAAGAAUGUGGCGGAGGAAAUAGCUGAGAAGCUUUGUGAAUCGGUAGCUGCUAGUCUUGAAGGGAAAAAACUGGGUUCAUUUACUAGAGUUUCUUCAACUGUUCAGACAGCAAUGGAAGAUGCCCUUCUUCGCAUAUUAACUCCAAGGCGCUCCAUUGAUAUUUUGAGAGAUGUGCAUGCUGCGAAGGAACAAGGAAAACCAUAUGUAGUUGUUUUUGUUGGUGUUAAUGGUGUAGGAAAGUCCACCAAUCUUGCCAAGGUUGCAUACUGGCUUCUACAGCAUAAUGUCAGUGUCAUGAUGGCGGCAUGUGAUACAUUUAGAUCUGGUGCUGUGGAGCAGCUUCGUACACAUGCUCGUAGGCUUCAGAUACCUAUAUUUGAGAAAGGCUAUGAGAAGGAUCCUGCUGUUGUAGCUAAGGAAGCAAUCCAGGAGGCAAGUCGCAAUAAUUCAGAUGUUGUUCUUGUCGACACUGCUGGUAGGAUGCAGGAUAAUGAACCUCUCAUGAGAGCACUUUCCAAGCUCAUUAAUCUAAACAACCCAGACUUAGUACUCUUUGUUGGAGAGGCAUUAGUCGGAAAUGACGCCGUGGAUCAACUCUCUAAAUUUAACCAGAAACUAGCAGAUCUCUCAACCGUCUCCAAUGCCAGGUUGAUCGAUGGUAUCCUGCUGACAAAGUUUGACACCAUUGAUGACAAGGUCGGGGCGGCGCUUUCCAUGGUAUACAUUUCUGGAGCGCCGGUCAUGUUCGUCGGUUGCGGUCAGUCUUAUACUGAUCUCAAGAAGCUCAAUGUUAAGUCCAUCGUCAAAACCCUGCUGAAGUGAAUGAGAAUGAAUGUAGUUUAAACACUGGUUUGAGUGGUUGGUUGCUUUGCUGCUGCUGCUGCAUUUUGUUUUGAACCUCUACCCCCCAUGACUUCAUCAUCUUGACAAUGAAAGUGAAUUGCCCUUUUAUAUAUAUAUAUAUAUAUAUAUUGAGUGGUUGUUUUAUUAUUAAAAUGAAA